AUGGAUCACAGAGGCAACGGAGCCACUAUGCCUGGAGCAGAUGAGACGUUUCCGGCAGAGUCGAGGGCGACGGUGUUCUUUGGGGCUGUGACAUCUAAAUCGGAGCCGCUGACCUUUGAAGAGUCCCUCAGAUUUGUCAAGAAAGUGAAGGCUCGCAACUACAUGCUGUACCUGUCGCUGUUCGACAUCCUGGGCAGGACGGAGCUGUCCCAGCUGGAGGCCUACCAAACACUGCAGCUGCUGUUCCGCGACCACCCGGACCUGCACGAAGGGCUGGAGAAGUUCAGGCCCCCGAUGCCCACGAAGCACGCCGCGGCGAACAGCAACCUCUGGCCGUGGGUGUUUGCAUGCGCCGCCGUCCCUCUGGUGGCGAUGAGCCUGAUCCCGGCGCUGGGGAACCCGGUGCUGUGGCUCGUCCAGCAGACGCUCGGCGAGAAGAUGAGGGCGGCAUGA